GGAGUGGAUGCUGGAGGUGGGAGUGGAUGCUGGAGGUGGGAGUGUAGGCUGGAGGUGUGUGUCCUCCUAGGGGACGCAGUGGGAUCGAGCCAAGCUGUAAGAGGAUUGCAGCAGGCCAAGGCUUUCCAUCAGGGUCACUUAACACAAGUCACCAUGACCUGCACUGCACAUGUGCUUUACGUUCUAACACACAACCACAGAUCUAGCAUCAGAUUACCUACCCAGUCCUAUCCUAACCAUUAGGAGGAUGAACACAAGAGUCUAUAUUAAAAGUAGGAGCCAGUUUUAUAUACAUCCAAACUCAGGUGAAAGCUUUACAUACACAAACAAUCCACACAGAAAAACUCAUGCAAAUUUAGAUUUGAACUGUGUGUCUGUCUGUCUGCCUGUCACUCAUAUCAUUACCACUUAUGACAACCCCUGAUUAAACUGUCUGUCUGUCGACCUGCCUGUCUGUCAUUCAUCUUAUUACCACUCAUGAAAACCACCCAUUGUAUCUGUUAGUCGAAACAGUCUGCACAGAUUAUCCCUUUACAACUGCGCGGGUGAACAGCACCCUCCUGUGGCCAAUACUUAUCAUUGCAUGCGUGGUUAAAUUUUUGAACUAUUUGGCCUGCUGGUUUCCUUUCCUUAUAGAAAAGUGUUGGGUCAGGGUUAGAGUGGGUAGAGACUUGAGUUAGGAGCCUAACCAAAAUGUUGCUGGUUUUAAGGUAAAAAGAUAAAUGAGCCACUAGAACUAAUUACUCUCAAGUUGCUCAGGAUCAGAUAAUCAAAAUGCCUAAAUUGUGAAUGAUUGGAUGGAGGGGACUCACAACCAGUUUACAAGUCUGUAUACAAUGUAGGGUAGCCAUUGGAAAACGUUACCUUGAAAACAAAGAAAAGACUACUGUAUAGCUUAAUCAUCGAGUGAAUCUUUUCAUAUUGUAGAUUGUCACAAAAUUCAAUAGGUCGUAUACGUCAGGCCUGAAUAUAUUCUUGUUCCCUGGUUUGACGUUGACAUCACAUCAUGAAUAGAUACUGUGUAGCUUAUAGUCUUGUCCUUGCAGUGCCUGGUGGUAUUCUGCCGCGUGUCAACGUGUCUCCAGACCCAGUAUGGUAUAAUUGUAGAGCGCAAUACGGGGGCGUUUUCUGGUGGUGGAGUUUCUACUUUCUAGUUCUCUAUCGCUGUCUAAAACGGCAUUUUCUUCUCACGGUAAAAUCCCAAUAUAAAAACACACACGUUUUCAUCAGAGAUGCGAAAAAACAUGUCUGCGGGUGUUUGUUGACCAUCUAUAGCUUAAGCAAAGUUAGGAUAUGUUUAUUUUUAUUCAAUCCAAGCUAUAGAUCAGUGCUCACUUGCCUAUGGACUAAAUAUGUUUGCAUUUUAUUAUCUACUGUAACCUGAAAGUUAGAUUCUCACUGGCCAAGUCUGAUAAACUGUAACCUAAUAUUACCCCAAUAGCAACCUAUAAUACGAUUUCACAUUUACCGGGAGACUUAAUCAACACUUGUCCCGCUUUGCCUAUAUUGCUUAAUUGUCUUAUUAUUGCGAUUAUUUAUAAUCAUUUCUCCAUGACUUUGGGAUGGGUGAGUGGAAAAGUCAGGGCUGGUUGAUGACACGAUUAACUCUACCGCAAGCGGCGCUGCGGAUUUUCCAGCAGCAGCAGACAAUAGCUAAUAGAGGAGGCAGUAUCGGGCUCCCUCGCCGGCCAGAUUCCGGUAAUGCGCCUCAAAACCAGUCCUGAAAUCUUCCAUUAGAUCAAAAGAUAUCGUUUCAAAAGGAGGACCAAUAAAUACAUUGGUAAAACUAGGUGCUUAGGACCGCUAUCGUGAGACGUGGAGUGAUAGAAAUAUGCAAACAGGCAGCUGUUCAUCCCGAUGGUGCUGAAAGUGAUGCUGUCAACACAAACUGGGCGGAUGCUAGCAGAGUGGAAGAUACGGAGCAGAUAUUUCACCAGCCGAUAGAUUUUAAAACCCUGUCGUUCGUCAUUACGUUUACUCAACUUAUAAGGGGAAAUAUCCUAACGUAUUGACCAAAAUACCGGUGAGAAGCCUCCGGCACUGCAGGUUCGGUGAAAGGGAAAGCGAAUACGCGGGGAAGGGAGUCGGCUGCGGCACGAAAAGCGAAAAAUACGUUGGCUACAAGCCGGGACUUGGUCUGUGGGUUAGUUGCAGACUAAACUGAUCUACUUUCAGCAUCUAAGAAAAGCGCCAGAAGAUGCAGAACGAAGGCAGCGCGCCAGGCGACGAGGCCGCGGCCGACCCGGAGCCGGCUACAGAGGCGGGGACCGUGACACAGCAUGACGACGGCCUGGAGGACGAACUGGAAAGACUGAUGGACGAAAAUGAAGAUCUCAAGGUGGAGAUUGAGGAGAUGAGGACGGAAAUGGACGAGAUGCGUGACACAUUCUAUGAGGAGGACACAUGCCAGCUGCAGGAAAUGAGGCGCGAGCUGGAGAGAGCCAAUAAAAACUGUCGGAUCCUGCAGUACCGGCUGAGGAAAGCUGAGCGGAAGAAGCUGCGCUAUGCUCAGACUGGAGAGAUGGACGAGGAGUUGGUGAGGAGCCUGGAGCAGGACCUGAAGGUAGCAAAGGAUGUGUCUGUGAGACUGCACCAUGAACUGGAGAACGUGGAGGAAAAACGCACAAAGACAGAGGACGAGAAUGAGAAACUGAGGCAGAAGCUGAUUGAGGUGGAGGUGACCAAACAGGCCCUUCAGAAUGAACUGGAGAAAGUCAAGGAGUCUCAGAAGAGAAGAGGGAGCAAGGAUGCCCAAAAGUCAGAGAAGAAGUGUACCCAGCCCCCAACAGAGGAGGACAAUGAAGACCUCAAGUGCCAGUUGGCCUUCAUCAAGGAGGAAGCCGUGUUGAUGAGGAAGAAGACGGCUAAGAUCGACAAGGAGAAGGACCGCCUUGAGACUGAGCUGCAAAAGUACCGCUCCUUCUAUGGAGACCUGGACAGCCCACACCCGAAAGGAGAGGCUGGGGGACCCCCAACCACCCGCGAGUCCGAGCUGAAGCUACGCCUACGGCUGGUGGAGGAGGAGGCUAACAUCCUGGGGAGAAAGAUUGUGGAGCUGGAGGUGGAGAACCGGGGUCUGAGGGCGGAGCUGGAUGACCUCCGGGGAGAAGGGGAGGGAGAAGCGGGUGGAGGGGCUGUGGGCAGGAUGGGGGCUGGCCGGGGCCAUGGGGAAGCCAUGACAGAGCUGAGGCAGCAGCUGCAGCUGGUGGAGGACGAGGCGGAGCUCCUCAGGAGGAACCUGGCCGACGCAGAGGAUCACAACAAGCGGGUGACGGGAGAACUCAACAAGCUCAGGUUCAAGGCCGGGACCCACGAGGGAGGGGCAAGGCACGGAGGAGCAGGAGGAGGCGCAGAGAAAGCUGACACACUGCAGGAAGAGUUGAAGACGGCUCGGCUGCAGAUCAACGAUCUCAGUGGGAAGGUGAUGCAGCUUCAGUAUGAGAACCGUGUCCUGCUGUCCAACAUGCAGCGCUAUGACCUGGCCUCCCACCUGUCCCUGAAGGGGGGCACCAGCCCCCGGGACAGUGAUGCAGAGAGUGACGCCGGAGGGACCGGCCCGAGUGGGCACCGAGAGAGCGACGAUGACUCUUCCUCCCGCCUCCUGCCGCCGCACCGCAAACGCGAAGGCCCGGUGGGCGGGGAGAGUGACUCGGACGAGGUGCGGAACCAAAACCGCUGCCUCACGCCCACCCGCGGCCUCUACACCCCGCCCCCGGAGGCUGCUACCCACUUCCUGCCCCGCAGCCUACGCGAUCGCCAGCAGAUGAUCGAUAUCCGCCUGGAGGCCGAGCGCCUCGGCAAGACAAUUGACCGGCUCAUUAACGACACGGCAAACAUCAUCGCAGAGGCGCGGGUGUACGUGUCCAAUGGUGACCUGUACGGCCGAGGCAGUGGGGGUGAGGAGGAGGAAGAUGGGGGGCGGAUCAGGGAGCACGAGCUACUGUACAGGAUCAACGCUCAGAUGAAGGCCUUCAGGAAGGAGCUACAAGGCUUCAUAGACAGACUGGAGGUGCCCAAACCAGAGGACAGGGAGGAAGAGCCGCUGUCGAUGUUUCAGCCCAUCAUUUUACUUAUCCUCAUUCUAGUCUUAUUCUCCUCCCUCUCCUAUGCCACCAUCUUUAAACUUGUCUUUCUGUUUACCCUUUUCUUUGUGCUGUGAUCCCACCUCCCUCUAUAGCAUAGCCACAUUUUUGUUUGUUUGUUUCUGUUGUAUUUCUUUACAUUCGUUGCCAAGGUCACCCAAAGCACAGGAUCCUCCCCUUUCAAGCACAGGCCACAGUCACAUAACAGGAUGUA